GCAAGUUUCACUCUCGCUGUGUGUGUUUUUGUGUUUGAGUGUGUGUGGGAGAGGAAGGGAGGAGGAGGGCCCCAGACGGACAGCGUGGCCGCUUUGUCGCAGCAAGACAACUUAUUUAUUCAGUCGACCAGACAGCUCCCAACAUCCUCAGGUGGGGUCUCUGUCACUGGACAUGCGGCUCUGUCUUCAGUCCCCGUAGCUGGACACCUGAACGGUAGCACCAGGGGAGGAUUUAUUAUUACCGGUGCUGGCUGCGCAAGGAGUCCGACGCACAGCUCUCUUCGCCCGGCGCCGGGAGCCAGGGGCCGGCCGCUGGGAACCCGGAGGGCUGGGCUAGCCAAGUGUCAUUAGCCGAGGAGAUCCUUUUAAGUGCUGAAACGCCUUUUUGCUUUUUGUUGACGCCCGUCCUGAAUGUUCAGUGACAGCGUGAAGAUGGAUUGAAACAUGAAGGGUGGAGCUGUCCCAUCAUCUAAAUAGGAGGGCGUCUCUGUUUGGUUGUGCUCUGCAGCUGAACCGUGUGACUGAGCUGGGGGACAGAGAGGAAAAUGCCUCCCAGGCCAUCCUCAGGGGAGCUAUGGGGCAUCCACUUGAUGCCUCCUAGGAUCCUGGUGGACUGUCUGCUGCCUAACGGGAUGAUUCUGACCCUGGAGUGUCUCCGAGAGGCCACGCUCAUCACCAUCAAACAUGAACUGUUCAAGGAGGCCAGAAAAUAUCCUCUCCAUCAUCUCUUGCAAGAGGAGACAUCCUACAUCUUUGUCAGUGUUACACAGGAAGCAGAGCGGGAGGAGUUCUUUGAUGAGACUCGGAGGCUGUGCGACCUCCGACUCUUUCAGCCUUUCCUCAAGGUCAUUGAACCAGUUGGCAACAGAGAGGAAAAGAUCCUCAACAGAGAGAUUGGUUUUGCCAUUGGUAUGCCUGUGUGUGAGUUUGACCUUGUGAAGGACCCCGAGGUUCAGGACUUCAGGAGAAACAUCCUGAACGUCUGUAAAGACUCUGUGGAGCUGAGAGAUGCCAGCGGGCCACACAGUCGAGCUCUGUACGUUUACCCACCCAACGUAGAAUCGACACAAGAACUCCCCAAACACAUCUACAGCAAACUGGACAAAGGUCAGAUUAUUGUUGUAAUAUGGGUCAUUGUUUCUCCGAACAAUGACAAACAAAAGUAUACACUGAAGAUCAACCAUGACUGUGUGCCUGAACAGGUGAUUGCAGAGGCCAUCCGUAAGAAGACACGCAGCAUGCUGCUGUCUCCAGAGCAGCUAAAGAUGUGCGUUCAGGAAUAUCAGGGUAAAUACAUCCUCAAAGUCUGUGGCUGUGAUGAGUACCUGCUGGAAAAGUACCCCAUCAGCCAGUAUAAGUAUAUCCGUAGUUGCAUCAUGCUGAGCAGGAUGCCUAACCUGAUGCUAAUGGCUAAGGACAGCCUGUACACCCAGUUGCCUACAGAUAACUUCGUCAUGCCAUCCUACUCCCGACGCAUCUCCACCGCAACGUCGUACAUGAACGGCGAGGCGGCUGCCAAGUCGCUGUGGACCAUCAACGGGACUCUGAGAAUACGCAUCCUGUGUGCCACCUAUGUUAACGUCAAUAUACGAGACAUUGACAAGAUAUACGUGAGGACAGGUAUUUACCAUGGAGGUGAACAGAUGUGUGACAAUGUCAACACACAGAGAGUGCCCUGCUCUAAUCCCAGGUGGAAUGAGUGGCUCACCUAUGAUAUGUACAUCCCAGACAUCCCCCGUGCUGCCAGACUCUGCCUCUCCAUCUGCUCUGUUAAGGGCCGAAAGGGAGCCAAGGAGGAGCACUGCCCUCUGGCCUGGGGCAACAUCAACUUGUUUGAUUACACCCACACGCUGGUUGCAAACAAGAUGGCUCUGAAUCUCUGGCCCGUCCCUCACGGCCUUGAAGACCUCCUCAACCCAAUCGGAGUCACCGGCUCUAACCCCAAUAAGGAAACGCCGUGCCUGGAGCUGGAGUUUGACCAUUUUAGUAGUCCUGUCAAAUACCCAGAUAUGAAUGCAGUGGAAGAUCAUGCAAACUGGACCAUCUCAAGAGAACUGGGGUUUAACUACAACCUCUCGGGACAGAGCAAACGCGUGGCCAGAGAUCACGCGCUGACGGAGAGCGACACGGAGCAGCUGAGGCAGCUGAGUAACAGGGACCCCCUGUCAGAAAUCACUGAGCAGGAGAAAGACUUUCUCUGGAGACACAGGCACUACUGCAUGAACAUCCCUGAAAUCCUCCCCAAGAUCCUUCUCGCUGUCAAGUGGAACUCCAGAGAUGAAGUAGCACAGAUGUACUGUCUGUUGAAAGAAUGGCCAUCGAUCCGUCCUGAGCAGGCCAUGGAGCUGCUGGACUGUAACUAUCCGGACCCCAUGGUCAGGCACUUUGCUGUCCGCUGCCUUGACAAAUACCUGACUGACGAUAAGCUGUCCCAGUACCUCAUCCAGCUGGUGCAGGUAUUAAAAUACGAGCAGUAUCUUGACAAUCCCCUGGUCCGCUUCCUCCUCAAAAAGGCUCUGACCAAUCAAAGGAUAGGACAUUUCUUCUUCUGGCAUCUGAAAUCGGAAAUGCACAACAAAACCGUGAGCCAGAGGUUCGGGCUGCUCUUGGAGGCUUACUGCAGAGCCUGUGGCAUGUACCUGAAGCACCUGAGCCGACAGGUGGAGGCCAUGGAGAAGCUCAUCAACCUCACUGACAUCCUUAAACAGGAGAAGAAGGAUGAGACGCAGAAGGUCCAAAUGCGGUUUCUCGUGGACCAGAUGAAGAGACCGGACUACAUGGAUGCUCUGCAGAACUUCACUUCUCCUCUCAACCCUGCACAUCAGCUGGGAAACUUGAGGUUGGAUGAAUGCAGGAUCAUGUCGUCGGCAAAGAGGCCGUUGUGGCUGAACUGGGAGAAUCCUGACAUCAUGUCGGAGUUGUUGUUUCAGAACAAUGAGAUCAUCUUCAAAAAUGGAGACGACUUGCGGCAAGACAUGCUGACGUUGCAGAUCAUUAAAAUCAUGGAGAAUAUUUGGCAGAAUCAGGGCCUGGAUCUACGGAUGUUGCCCUAUGGCUGCCUGUCGUUAGGAGACUGUGUGGGUCUCAUUGAGGUGGUCCGCAGUUCCCACACCAUCAUGCAGAUUCAGUGCAAAGGAGGUUUGAAAGGAGCCCUGCAGUUCAACUCAAACACUCUGCAUCAGUGGCUCAAGGACAAGAACAAAGGCGAGAUGUAUGACUUGGCUGUAGAUCUGUUCACGAGGUCCUGUGCUGGCUACUGUGUAGCUACAUUUAUCCUGGGGAUAGGAGACAGGCACAACAGCAACAUCAUGGUCAAAGACGACGGGCAGUUGUUUCACAUAGAUUUUGGACAUUUCCUGGAUCACAAGAAGAAGAAAUUUGGCUACAAGAGGGAGCGUGUGCCCUUUGUACUGACACAAGACUUCCUCAUCGUCAUCAGCAAGGGAUCACAGGAGUGCACCAAGACCAAAGAGUUUGAGAGGUUCCAGGAGAUGUGCUACAAAGCUUACCUGGCCAUCCGGCAGCACGCCAACCUCUUCAUCAACCUGUUCUCCAUGAUGCUGGGCUCUGGCAUGCCUGAGCUGCAGUCAUUUGACGACAUUGCCUACAUCAGAAAGACGCUGGGCCUGGAGAAAAGUGAGCAGGAGGCUUUGGACUACUUCAUGAAACAGAUGAACGACGCUCACCAUGGAGGGUGGACCACCAAGAUGGACUGGAUAUUCCACACGAUUAGACAGCAUGCACUAAACUGAACGACCCACCCUCUCCAUCCCGCCGUGGAGUAUGUACGUCAGCCAACACAGCAGUCUUUCAAGGAAUUACACCUCCCUCACAGCAGACACCACAAAUAUCUCACAGAGGAUGGAAGUCUGCGGCCGAAACACGAUUUUUUUUUCUUUAUUUAAACGAGGUUCCUGCCCCCCCCACCACCCCGCGAUAUUAUCAGUGUUUUUUCGGCUUCUUUCAUGGUCUACAUGGGAGCACAUUUCCCUCAUACAUGUGUCCUACCUGGCUCAUGCUCAUAUCGCUGGCUACUAUGCUUCCACUUUUUUUUUUUUGUCUUCUCUUGCUCCAAUAAGAACAACCAGGGAAGUCUUAACCAAUGACUCUGCUGCUCAUAGAGGAAAAACACAAAUUGAACAAGCUUUAUCUGCCAAGGUUUGUAUGUAGUAGCCACAAAGUAAGUUCAACUUCCUGCACUUCUGCUGUAUCAGUACCGCACUGUCGCAACCCCCCCCACCCCCUCACCCAAAAAGGAGUUACUUGCAAAACUUUUUUUUUUUUUUUUUUUUUUUUUAAAACGUAUCACUACUAAGAAGAUGGUGGGCACAAGAAACUGUAAAUUAUUUUACAUCAUUCAAGUUUUACUCUUAUUUGUUGUACAGGAUUACUAGUGAACGGGAGCUUCUAUGAUGUCUUCCACCAUCUUCAUGGCGAAGUUGCCCUUCUGAGAUGAUUUGACGUCCACUUUCCUACGUACUUGCUCUUUGCGUUGGAGAUUUGAAAGUUCAAAAAAAAGGCUCGUCUCCCACAGCCCCUGUCCAACCAGCCCUCCAUCCUCGGGAACGUUUGUUGCUGGUGCAGCUCUGAACUCGUGCAGAAACUUCAGGGUGAUGAUGCCUCUCCAUCAAAAAAACAAACAAAAAAAAAAAAAAACAGCACUUAGAAAUAACUAAUAUACAGAUUUAUUAUGACUUUUUUUAAUUUAUUUAUGUGUCUAGUUUCUUUUUGAGUUUCAAAAAAAAAAAAAAAAGCCCCCUCACUCGGCUCCUCAGAAACCUGCUAUUGUUUGUGUAAAUUGACUUUUAUAUAUUUGUUACCAGUUUUCCGCUUCUUCUGACUCCUCACCCAGGUUCUCCCCACUGUCCCCACUGUAAAGUUUUCCUUAUACUCACAAAUAAUUCAGACUGCUGAUUCCUUCUUCUUCUUUUUUUUUUUUUUUUGCCUAUUUAACUUAAACAUGUAAUUUGCUCUUAUCAGUUGCUCAGUUUGUUUCUUUGUGGCUCGUUUGCGGCCCUGCUCGGAGAAACUUGUUGGGGAAUGCAAAACGGAAAGAAUGAAAGUGUCAGUCUCACAUUUUAUGAAUAACGGGACCUAUAUAUAUAUAUAUAUAUAUAAAAAAAAGUCUCUGGCUGUCUGUUUUGUUGGCGAGCAGAGACCCGGGGGAAUGUCACGUCUUCCUCUUGAUAAAAUGCCUUGGCGUCACAGCACAAACACUCCACAACACUGCGCACUGUUAAGCCUCACAAACUCUGCCUAAGCAAGUUCUAGUAAACAAGCCAUGACAGCACCAUUAAAUUAAAAGACCUUUUUUUUUUUUUUUUUUUCUUUGUGGUCCUGUUAGGUUGAUGUCUUUAAAUGUCUUGACUCGUGGACAAUGUGGAGGUGAAAUCGCAAUUCCAACUCGGAUAAAAUGCUCAAAUAUGAAGCUAAAUGGAGCUGUGAAAAGAUGUGCACGUCCUUCUCAGUUGUUGUUCAGUCAAAUUAAUUUUAAACACCAUUUAGACGUGUAGGCCCACUGGGACAGUCAGUCAGGGUCUAAUUGACACAUUUCAUAUGAUUAAUUAUUACUCUGUGUCUACUACAACGUGGAUCAUAAGAAAUAUUUGGAAGGUGAAAGGUGCAAAUUUGCUAAAUAUCAAGUAGUUAAAACACGAUUACGGUUUGAAAAUGUUCACCGUGUCUUUUAAGAUGAGUGUCUAAUGUCUUUGGUGACAAAGGCAGAAUCUCAUCUUCCUGUGGGACAUUUACCGGCUCCAUCAGUUGACUUGAGAACCUUUAACUUGGUGCACUUUUCUGAGGAGAAAAUGUCAGAUUUCGCAAGAAACGGUGGCUUUGGAGAAGCUUUGCGAGCCCCACGCGGUCAUUUGCAUGCGUCUGCGUUAUUGUUAUCGUGACCCUAGAGUACUCGAGUUGUGCGUGCGUGCGUGGGUGAUGGUGUUGGUAGUAAAAGGAAAAAAAAAAAAAAAAGUUUGCACUUUGCCAGUUAAACUGCUGAUUUUACGAAAAAGCCAAAGUUGUGGUUUGUUCGGACGUGUCGCACGUUAUGUGAUAACUGCAGAGUCAACAGCUGGGAUGUAUUUAUUUGCUGAACCUACAUGCGCUCCUCUUUUCGUGUUUUGUUUCGCUUUUGCCACCGGCAGGUUUUUUUUCUCUACAGUCAGAUGCAGUGCCACUAAAACACACACACACGCACACACACGCACACACACGUACACACAGUAUUGUUGUCUGCAGCUAUACCUUUGGUUUUUCUGAACGUGCCAAAUCACUGACGCCUGUGAACGCGAACCGCCGGAGUGGCGUCAUGCAGUAAAGCAUAUCAGUUAAAAACAUGGGCUGUGUAAAGAUGGACGGCGGAACUGCUUCUUAGAAAUGAAGCCAAAAGCAAGUAGAGCUCCCCCUGGUGUCUGGCUGCAGUAUAAAUCAUAAUGUUAGCGGAUGGCUUAAACUAAUUUUUUUUUCAAGGACGGUUUCAGUCAUUUUAAGCUGUUUAUAUAAUGUUGAUGCAUGUUCAAGUGUCGACGCUAUAGAAACAGGAUGUGCCAUAAUGGCGACCACCAGUUGCCGUGCCAACCGCUCCGUAAAGCGCUCCCAUGGGACCGUGAGAGUUGUAAAAACAUUUUUUUUUUUUAAAUAAAUAAAUAAAUAGCUACAGUGUAUAAUCCAACAUUUCCUCGUGUCUGGUGGAGCUGACCGUGCUGCCCAGACUCCGGCUCCAAAGCUGCAAGAUGUUGCGUUAGUUGGCCAAUGCAAGGAAGUGAGGACACGCCUUCCAUAUUUAUACAGUCUGUGGUUUAAAAAUAAAUAAAUGAGUAAAAAAAGGUCAGGGUAUGCACUUAAUAGUAAUUCUAGCUCUCAAUGCCUUUUUGUCCACAAGGACUCUGUAAAGAAGAAGGUUAGCCUAGUAUGCAUGUCUCUCAAUCAAGCAUAAACCUGUAUGUAUGACGUACAUUUUUGAAGCAGCAUUAUUAAGCAGGGUCCCUGUACAGUUGCCUUUUUUUUUUUUUUUUUUUUUAAUGUUAGGCCUCAUGUGUGACAAACUGUAGAGCUGUGACUGUUCUUUCUUUCCCAUGUAUCCUCCUGUAAACGACGCGUGUUUGUGUUUGCGUGCCCGUAUGCAUUAAUCAGUCUUUCUGUACGGGUUGCAGAGCUUCAUUGGCGGGCCCCAAUGAAAAACACCAUGUAUGUAUGUACACGUGUCUGUCUGUGUGUGUGUGUGUGUGUGUGUGUGUGUGUGUGUGUGUGUGUGUGUGUGUGUGUGUGAUGACACUUUGAGGUGAUGGUGUCUUUAAAUGUUUUGUAAAUGUUUUCCCGCUGGCUGGUUUGUGCCAGAAAAUCAGAAGACAAAAAAAGGAGUUUUUUUUUCAUUGUUCGUAAGGAAACAUGAAAGAAAGGAAGCUUUCUUUUUCAUAUUUUACUUGAAGUGUCAUGAAUCAGACCCACGGUUGUGUUUCAUGUGUGUGUCGAUGAGUGAGAAAGAGGGAUUGUGUACAUGUGCUGAGCCGUUUAUCCGUAGUGACUGUUACUGAUCCGCAGCCCUACAUUUCACAGCCGAGACGCGACGACUUGAACUAAUGAAGGAUUAAAGUUGCGUCCGAGUUUCUGAAAUCAUGCGACAGCUAUGGCAAAGUGUCUCACAGAAUGUAACGGCAUCAAGUAAUCACAGAUUUCCAUCAGCGCCCUCAAAAUCUGCUUCCAGCUUGAUGAAGUUUGCCUGGUUCCAGACAGUUGCACUAGUUUUUUUUUUACUUCGCUAAGAUUGAGGCUUUGAUAUAUGUUUUUCCCUUUUAAUUAUCCAGUGGCUCGUUAUUACACAUCUGCUUAUUACAGGUUAACUACAGUAAUCUGCUUUUCUACCGAGUGAGGUCACACUGAAAAUGGUUCUUGCCUCUCGUUCGCAGACAAAUGCUAAAAAGUUGGUCUCUUCAGUUUCUUGAUACAAUCAUUUGUCCUGAGCUCUCAUUCAAAGACAACGUGUUGACGCAAACAGUGCGUCAAGGUGAAGAUUUUCGCCAGGAGUUCGUGUGUUUUUGAACGGUCACGUUCACCUGCGUUUCCUUCCGCUCCCUAAUUCAUGGAUUAUAUCCUUUUUUUUCUUUUUUUUUUUUCCUCCUUAAGCACCAAGUGUGUUUUGAAGAGCUCUUGAAUGAGCUGCGGACGGAACGAGUGUCUCGGAUCAAAGACAAAAUAUAACAAGUCGAUUAAAUUAUUGAUCAUUCGUGAUCACUUGUCCCAGAUUUUAAGAAAUACCGACUAAAUGUUCCACGUUUUUUUUUUUUGCUGUAUGCAGUCCUCAAAAAAAAAAAAAAAAAAAUCCAUUACACUGUGUCACUAAUGUAUUUCCAUAACAUACCAUCGUGUCAGAACUUUAACCAAUACUAUGAAUGAAUGUACAACGGGCCAAUGUAUUGUUUCCCCACAGCCUUCCUGCAUGAGACUGGGUAAAGAUGAAUAUUCUUGUUAGAUAUCCUUUUUUUUUUAUUUCAUCUGAAAGGCAGCCAUACUGAUGUUUAUAAAUGAAUGCCUUAUGUUUGCUCCUUCUAGUCUCUAGGAAAAACCCCACUGUAACCUGCUUUUUUUUUUUUUUUUUAAUUUUAUUUAUAAAUGUAUAUUAUUGUUUCUCGUUUCGACGCCCUUGUCACGGAGUAAAGGUUUGUACCCUGACUUAACGACCGACUGACUGACUGGUCAUCUGAGUGUUCUGUGAAGAUGAACAAAUAAAUUUGUUAAAGAUUCA